AUGGCUAUGGAGUUGCAGAGAAACCUAAGCUUCUCGAUACAGAAUGGAGGGUUUGACUCUGAAUUUGAUGAUGACGGUAAACUGAAACGAACAGGAACUUGGUUCACUGCAAGUGCACACAUAGUGACGGCUGUGAUUGGGUCGGGCGUCCUAUCAUUGGGUUGGGCCAUGGCCCAAUUGGGUUGGGUUGCUGGGCCCAUUGCCCUCUCCAUCUUCUCCCUUGUCACUCUCUUCACUUCCUGCUUGCUCACUGAAUGCUACAGAUCCCCUGAUGGGACAAGAAACUACACCUACACUCAGAUCGUCAAGACCAAUCUUGGGGGCAUGAAAUACUUGCUGUGUGGGGUGGCACAGUAUGUAAAUCUUGUGGGGAUAACAAUCGGAUAUACUAUUACUGCAUCCAUUAGCAUGGCGGCGGUAAGAAGAUCAAGUUGCUUCCAUAAGGAGGGACAUGAAGUGGGGUGUCAUUCGUCAAACAACGGAUAUAUGAUAAUAUUUGGGAUUGUGGAGAUCAUAUUAAGCCAAAUCCCAAAAUUUCAUAAACUUUCGUGGCUCUCUCUUCUCGCUGCUCUCAUGUCUGUUGGUUAUGCCUUCAUUGCUGUUGGUCUUUCCAUUGCCAAGGUUGCAGGAGGAAAGCAUGUGAAGACCGGCUUGUCUGGGACAGUAAUUGGUGUGGAUGUCACCAGUAGUGAGAAGAUAUGGAACACAUUUCAAGCACUUGGAAACAUUGCCUUUGCUUAUGCCUUCUCCGUUGUCAUUGUUGAGAUACAGGACACGUUAAAAUCAAGCGCACCAGAAAAUCAAGAGAUGAAGAAGGCAGUCUCAGUUGGAGUUUCAAUCACCAGCCUGUUUUAUCUGUCUUGUGGGAUAUUGGGAUAUGCAGCAUUUGGGAACAGUGCACCUGGAAACAUUCUUACUGGAUUUGGCUUUUAUGAGCCGUUUUGGAUGGUCGACGUUGGAAACACCUUUGUUGUUGUUCAUCUCGUGGGUGCUUACCAGGUGUUCUGCCAACCUGUUUUCAGUAUUGUGGAAGAUUGGUGCAGCAAUAGAUGGCCAGAAAGCGAUUUUGCCACAAAAGAAUACUCAAUUGGCAUUCCAAUGUGUGGACUUUACAAAGUGAAUCAGUUUCGGGUGAUAUGGAGGACCCUGUACGUGAUAUUUACAACUGUGAUCGCCAUGAUGCUGCCUUUCUUCAACAGCAUAUUGGGUCUACUUGGAGCAUUUUCUUUCUGGCCCUUGACUGUGUAUUUUCCUGUAGAAAUGUACAUUUCACAGAGAAAAAUGCCCAAGUUUUCUGCACCAUGGAUGGUGCUUAAAGUGCUAAGUGUGGUCUGUCUUAUUGUCACUAUAGUUGCAGCAGCUGGAUCCAUUGAAGGUAUUAUAAAAGACCUGAAAGCUUAUAAGCCUUUUCAGUCCAUUUCCUAG